AUGGCAGAACUACAGCAAGCAAUCCUUUUGAUGACGGAACUCCUGCAGAAGCUAGCACAGCCGAACAAUACGGAGCAAACUCUCGAAUCCUUGGCAACCAACAUCAGUGAAUUUUCGUUCGACCCGGAAAAUGGAAUCACUUUCGAAAAGUGGUACAGCCGGUAUACGGAUCUUUUCGAAUCGGAUGCCAAGAAUUUAGACGAUUCCGCCAAGGUACGCCUGCUGUUAAGGAAGUUGGACACACCAUCCCACGUCAGGUACGUCAACUUCAUCUUGCCGAAGCUUCCCAAAGACGUCGAUUUUGCUGGCAACGUCAAGAUACUAUCGCAAAUGUUCGGCACACACACCUCCAUUUUUAACAAGCGGUACCAGUGCCUCCAGCUAGUAAAAUCUGAAGCAGAGGACAUCAUUAGCUACGCAGGGAAGGUGAAUCGUUCAUGCGAAGAUUUCGACUUCAAAAAUAUGAACAUCGAUCAGUUCAAGUGCUUGGUGUUUGUGAGUGGCCUUAAGGGUCAUGCCUACGCCGACACGCGUCCAAGGCUUCUUUCCCGGAUUGAAUGUGAAACAGCAGAAACUCCCGUGAAUCUUCAGACCUUGAUUAACGAAUAUCAACGACUCGUUAAUCUCAAGGAGGACACAUCGAUGAUUGAGCGCCAGUCAAGCUCGAAACAAGCGGUUCACGCUGUCCAGGAGAAGGGAAGGUUUCAUCAUCCACACACUUCAAAAACGGAAGGUAACCUUUCAAUCAUCAAACCGACGAUCCAAGCAAUCAACGCGUCGGGCAAACCACUUCAUCUGAUGGGUGAGUUCCAGUGCGACGUCAGCAUCAACGGAAAAACUGCUCGAGGCAGAUGUUUCGUCACGACGACUGCCAACCUCAACCUUCUCGGCAUCGACUGGAUUGACCUGUUCAAGCUGUGCGCCCAGUUCCUUUCAACACCAUUCCAUUGGUCGAUGCUGAACUCACACGAUUACAAUCUAUGGUUCGAGGAUCCUGUCGAUUUCUCCGAAUGGGCUGCUCCCAUCGUGGCAGUGCGCAAACCUAACGGUCGAGUGCGUAUAUGUGCAGACUACUCGACGGGGCUAAACGAGGCGUUGGAACCAAAUCACUAUCCGCUUCCGACGCCGGAGGAAAUUUUCGCCCAACUCAACGGCAGCACCGUUUUCAGCAUCGUCGAUCUUUCCGAUGCGUAUCUGCAGCUUGAGGUGGAUGACGACUCCAAGAAGCUGCUCACAAUCAACACGCAUCGAGGAUUGUUCCGGUUCAAUCGUCUGGCUCCCGGAGUGAAAUCUGCGCCGGGCGUAUUUCAACGUGUGGUGGAUGGAAUGAUAGCAGACAUACCUGGUGUCCGCUCUUUCAUCGAUGAUGUCAUCGUGUUUGGAAAGGACAUCAGCUCACACGCAACGUCACUCAACCUACUCUUCCAGCGGCUCAAAGAGUAUGGUUUCCACGUGAAGGCUGAGAAGUGUCAUUUCUUUCAAUCACAACUCGGCUAUUUGGGGCACAUUGUGGACAAACAAGGCAUUCGUCCAGACCCCGAGAAAGUGAAGGCUAUUGCUGCACUUCCACCGCCAACCAACGUUCCCGAGCUUCGAUCGUACCUGGGUGCGGUCAACUUCUACGGUAGGUUCGUGCGCAACAUUCACGAAUUGCGGCAUCCAAUGGACCAGCUGUUGAAGAAGGACGUGAAAUGGCAGUGGACCCCGGCAUGCCAACAGGCUUUCGACCAGUUCAAAAGGACGCUUCAAUCAAACCUGCUGCUAAUGCAUUACGACCCUAAGCUUCCAAUCAUCGUGGCUGCGGAUGCAUCAAGCACAGGCAUCGGGGCAGUCAUCUUUCACCAGUUCCCUGAUGGCAGCAUGAAGGCAGUACAACACGCUUCGAGGACGCUCGCACCCGCGGAGCUUAAUUAUGGACAACCAGAGAAGGAAGCGCUUGCGUUGGUCUAUGCAGUGACCAAAUUCCACAAGUAUCUGUUGGGACGCCAUUUCACACUGCUGACUGACCACAAGCCACUACUUUCCAUCUUCGGUUCUAUGAAGGGGAUUCCCCUACACACUGCGAACCGACUACAACGGUGGGCUCUCACGAUGCUGAAUUACGACUUCGAGAUUCAGCAUGUAUCCACCAACGAAUUCGGAUGUGCAGAUCUGUUGUCCCGACUGAUCGACCAGACCAUCCAACCCGAAGAAGAAUACGUUAUCGCUGCGCUGAGCAUUGAGGAAGAUUUGCAUUGCAAAAGGCUACAACAACCGACGCCACACUCCAAUCUGUUGCUCAACACAUACGCGACGGAUGGCCCAGCUGCUCCAAGAACCUUUCCGCUGCAGUUCAACCGUAUUUUCUACGACGGGAAUCGCUCAGCAUGA